ACGCACACGCAGCAGACUCGUCCACGUCCAUUCCCCCGCACAGAAGACCACCGGAAGGGUCUUCGUGGAUCUUCUUCCCGCCAGGCUGACAACUUUCCCCGCACAGGUGAUGGCGCUGCUGCUGCUGCUGCUGCUGCUUCCGGUGCUGCUGUCGGUGUCGGUGUCGGUGUCGGCCCAGGAGGUUCCGAGCGGCGGCUUCAGCCUGCACCCCCCCUACUUCAACCUGGCCGAGGGCACCAAGAUCACCGCCACCGCCACCUGCGGGGAGGACGAGGCCGGCCGCAGUCUGCGCGACCUCUACUGCAAGCUGGUCGGCGGCCCCGUGUCCGGGGACCCGGGACAGACCAUCCAGGGUCAGUACUGCGACACCUGUAGCCACGGUGACAGCGACCGCGCCCACCCCAUCACCAACGCCGUCGACGGGACGGAGCGAUGGUGGCAGAGCCCGCCUCUGUCGCGCAGCACCGACUUCAACCAGGUCAACGUGACGCUAGACCUCGGACAGCUCUUCCACGUGGCGUACGUCCUCAUCAAGUUCGCCAACUCCCCGCGUCCGGACCUGUGGGUUCUAGAACGCUCCCUGGACUUUGGACAGACCUACCAGCCGUGGCAGUACUUUGCCUCCUCAAAGCGAGACUGCAUCGAGCGUUUUGGACAAAGAACCAUCGAGAGGAUCAGCAAUGAUAACGACGUUGUUUGCACCUCCGAAUAUUCCCGUAUCGUUCCUCUGGAAAAUGGAGAGGUGGUGGUGUCGCUGGUGAACGGGCGUCCGGGCGCCAUGAACUUCUCCUACUCCCCGGUGCUGCGGGACUUCACCAAGGCCACCAACAUCCGCCUGCGCUUCCUGCGCACCAACACGCUGCUGGGUCACCUGAUGGGGAAAGCCCUGCGAGACCCCACCGUCACCCGCCGGUACUACUACAGCAUCAAGGACAUCAGCAUCGGAGGACGCUGCGUCUGCAACGGACACGCCGAGGCCUGCAGCGCUCAGGACCCCAGCGACCCUUACAAGUUGCAGUGCGACUGUCAACACAACACCUGCGGCGUGUCAUGUGACCAGUGCUGCCCCGGAUACCACCAGUUGCCGUGGAAACCCGCCACAACCGACAGCGCCCACGAGUGUGAACCGUGCCACUGCCACCGCCACUCCUUCGACUGCUUCUACGACCCCGACGUGGCUCGCGGCGGCGGCAGCGUGGACAUCCGCGGCCAGACACGAGGGGGCGGAGUCUGCCUAAACUGUCAGCAUCACACCACCGGCGUCAACUGCGAGCGCUGCGUGCCGGGACACUACAGAGCGCCCCACGCGCCCCUGGACUCCCCGCUGGCGUGCGCACCCUGCGACUGUCCGUCGCCGUUCUUUGACGGCACGUGUGAGGACGUGACGGCACGCUGCUUCUGCAAGGACAACUAUGGCGGGGACAACUGUGACCAAUGUGCCGGCGGCUUCAUCAACUUCCCCCAGUGUUACCCCGUCCCCACGUAUCCUAGCAACAACAACAACAACAACGGCGAGGCCAAGCCAGCGGGAGAGAUCAUCAACUGUGAGUGCAGUGCUGCAGGUACCGUGGACAACUCCUGCAGGCCCGACCCACAGAGCAGAACGUGCGUGUGCAAGCCGGGCUUCAGCGGGGACCACUGUGACACCUGCACACCCGGGUUCCAUGGACUCAACUGUCAGGCAUGUCAGUGUUCAGGUCCAGGUUGCCUGGAUGGUUCCUGUGACGUGCUGACGGGUCACGGCGUUUGUCGCAGCGGUUUCCAUGGUUACCAGUGUGAGCAGUGCGCGGCGGGCUACUUCAACUACCCGCUCUGCCAGCUGUGCGGGUGCAGCUCGGUGGGUUCGCUGCCUGACGUGUGCGACACCACCGGCCGGUGUUUGUGCAAGCCCCAGUUCCACGGUCCUCGCUGUGAACAGUGCAGGUCUGGGUUCUAUUCCUACCCCGACUGUCAAGAAUGCACCUGUGAUCCCCGCACGUCGUCCGACACCAGCUGCACGGCGUCGGGGCAGUGCCACUGCCGGCCCGACUACAGCGGCGCGUCAUGUGACCAGUGUGCGCCUGGUUACUAUGGUUACCCCAGCUGCACGCCAUGUCAGUGUUCCACAGAAGGUUCUCGCUACAGCAGCUGUGAUCAGGUGACAGGUCAGUGUGCGUGUCUACAAAACGUGCACGGCCUGCGCUGUGACAGCUGUUCACGUGGCACCUACGGCUUCCCAAACUGCCGAGCUGGCACAUGUCAUCCUGCCGGUUCCGUCCAUUACGAGGUUCCUCCCCCGCUGGGCCAGUGUGAGUGUCGCGACAACGUGGAGGGCGUGGCCUGCGACCGCUGCAAACCUCUGUACUGGAACUUGUCCCCGGACUCCCCUGAGGGCUGCUCCACGUGCCAGUGUCACCUCGCCGGAACGCUAAGCGGCGUCGCCGAGUGCGCACAGGAGAGCGGCCAGUGUCACUGCAAGCCCAACGCCUGCAGUGGAACCUGCAGCAUCUGCAAAGAUGGCUUCUACGACCUGCAGGAGAGCAGCUUCUUGGGCUGCCAGGGCUGCCAGUGUGACAUCGGAGGCUCCGUGGCUCAAUCCUGCGAUGAAGGGAGUGGACGAUGUCACUGCAGAGACAACGUGCUCGGACCCAAGUGCAACAUACCUGCUGCAGACCAUUACUUCCCAGACCUCCACCACCUGAAGUUUGAGCUGGAAGAAGGCACCAUGUUGGAUGGACGCCCGGUGCGUUUUGGCUACAACUCUGUGGAGUUCCCAGGCUUCAGCUGGAGGGGGUAUGCUCAGAUGUCACCCAUACAGAGUGCAGUACAUCUUCAUGUCCACGUGAGGGAGGCAGACGUCUACUUGACUCGUGUCAUCAUCAGAUACUUCAACUCUCAGGGCGCCACCGCCAAGGGACAAAUUACUGCCUACCAGGCGGGGCGACAAGGUUCUGAGCAGUCCAAGCAGAUCAUCUUCGCUCCCAGUGUGGAACCCACCUUUGUCAACGUUCCCCAGAACAACUUUGUGGAACCUUUUGUUCUAAAUCCAGGAACUUGGGUGUUUGUGAUUGAAGCUGAAGGAAUCCUGCUGGACUACCUGGUCCUGCUGCCUAGUGCUUACUACGAGGCUCCCAUCCUGCAGGUGCACGUCACUGAGCCCUGCACCUACUCCUCCAUGCACCACUCCAGCCACAAUUGUCUCCUCUACAAAUAUUUGCCUCUGGACGCCUUCCCCUCCAUCCCUGGUAAUGGCGCCCGCUGUCGCCAUGACAACCACCUGCCACGCCUCUGCCCCACCGAGAGGGUCACGCCCCUCCAUCCUGAAAUGGCGGUCUGCAGUGGCCAGGAUAUCGGCGUGGAGAUGAGAGUGCACGUGACCUCCGCUGACCUCUACGUGUUGGUGGUGGAGUACGCCAGCGAGGAGGAGUCGCCGCAAACACUCUCUGUGACCUUCAGCUCACCUGCGGACACCACACACCUGCACACUGUCACCUUCACCCCCUGCAGGUUCAGCUUCCUGUGUCGAGUGGUGGCCACAGAUGACAACAAGAGAGUGGCUGUCUUCUCUCUGCCCGCCCACUCUGAGCUCCAAUUGUCCGCCGAGCACGCCAACUUCUUCCUGCACAAGAUCUACCUGGUGCCUCAAGACCACUUCACCAUGGAGUACGUGGACCCCCAGGUCCUCUGCAUCAGCACCCACGGACACUCCUCGCAGGACAGCUCCUCCUGCGUGCCCUCGCGCUUCCAGACGCCGUCCGACUCGCUGGUCCUGAAGGACGGCCAGGAGGAGCCCGCCUCGGCCGCCGCGCCCCCUCUGCCUCUCCCCCAGGGGGAGCACCCGGGCCGUGUGAGACUGGACUCGCUGCAGAAUGCAGCGGAGUACUCCACUCGUGUCCACACCCUGGGACGCUACGUUUUCAUCCUGCACUACCAGCAGCCGCUCCACCCCACCUACCCGGUCCAGGUCUACGUCAACGGGGGUCGCAUCUGGCAAGGUCACGCCAACGCCUCCUUCUGUCCGCACGCACACGGCUGCCGACAAGUCCUGGUGGCCGAGAACCAGAUCAUCCUGGACGUGACCGACCACCAGCUGAUCCUCACCGUGCAGGUUCCUGCCGGCAAAACACUGUGGCUGGACUACGUGUUGGUGGUCCCAGAGUCCAGCUACACUUCCAGCUACCUGAGCGAGGAGCGGCUGGACAAAUCUUACGACUUCAUCACCAACUGUGGCCAAAACAGUUUCUUCAUCAAUCCCACCAGCGCCUCGCCGUUCUGCCUGAGCUCGGCCACGUCGCUGUCGGCGUUCUUCAACAACGGGGCGCCGCCGUGCGCCUGCCACCAGGCCGGCGCCGAGAGCGACGCCUGCGAGCCGUUCGGCGGCCAGUGCCGCUGCAGACCCUACGUGAUCGGCCGGGACUGCUCCAUGUGCGCCACGGGGUACUGGGGUUUCCCCCGCUGUAGACCGUGUAACUGUGGAGACCGGCUGUGUGAGCCUCUGUCGGGCGAGUGCAUCUGUCCUCCCAGGACGCUACCACCCGAGUGCAACCGCUGCGAGCCCCUCACCUUCGGCUGCCACCCGGUGGUCGGCUGUGAGGUCUGCAACUGCUCGCGGCCCGGGAUCGUCACGCCCGACGUCAACUGCGACACCCUCAGCGGCCAGUGCAGAUGCAAAAACAACGUUGUGGGUCGCCAGUGUGACCGCUGUGCGUCCGGUUUCUAUGGUUACCCCAACUGCCGGCCAUGUGACUGCAACGAGGCGGGCACAGAGGAGCGAGUGUGCGACUCCUACACGGGGCAGUGUUUGUGCAAGGAGAACGUGCAAGGUUCUCGUUGUGACCGCUGUAGAGUGGGAACCUUCCACCUGGAUCCCACCAACCCCAAAGGAUGCACCAGCUGCUUCUGCUUUGGCGCCACUGACCGUUGUCGCAGUUCAGAAAAGAGACGAACUGAAACCAUGCAGAUGUCUGGCUGGGUGUUGUUGAGCGCAGACAAACAGGAAGUUGCGGUGAGCGUGUAUCCUGGCCAAGACCUGGUGGAGGCCGACCUCAGUGAUGUUCCAGAUGUGUACCAGGAUCUCCACUGGUUUGCCCCAGCAGCCUACCUGGGAGACAAGGUGUCGUCUUACGGAGGUCACCUGAGAUAUCGUCUUCACACUCAGACUAUGAGAGGAGACGUCUGGUCUGUGCCUGCAGAACCUUCUAGACCUGACAUCAUCCUGAAGGGCAACCAGAUGACCUUGGUGUUCAUGGAGCGGGAAUACUCUUCUCCUGAGGAGCCACAUCUAGGCAUCGUGCACAUAGUGGAGGGAAGCUUCCGGCACGCUCAGACGGGGAACUCUGUGUCCCGGGAAGAACUGAUGAUGGUUCUGGUGGCCCUGGACUCUCUCCAGAUCCGAGCGCUGCACUCUCAGUCGGCCCACUCGGCGUCGCUGCGAGGCGCCGUGCUGGAAGGCGCCCAAAGCUUACCUGCCGGUCGCCAUGCCAACAACGUGGAGAUCUGCAUGUGUCCCGCCAACUACCUGGGAGACUCCUGCCAGAAAUGUGCUCCGGGUUACUACAGGGACACCAUCGGCCUCUUCUUGGGGAAAUGUCUGCCCUGCAACUGUAACGGACACUCUGACCUGUGUUUGGACGGCUCGGGAGUCUGUGUGAGCUGCCAACACAACACGGCUGGUGAGCACUGUGAGAAGUGCCAAGGUGGUUUCCUAGGCAACAACAGCGUGGACGGCCAGGCGUGUUCCAGCUGUCCGUGUCCACUCAGAGUCUCUUCCAACAACUUUGCAGACGGGUGCGUGCAGAAGAAUGAGCGCCUGCAGUGCUUGUGCACGGUCGGCUACGCUGGGCCGCACUGCGAGAGGUGCGCCCCGGGUUACUACGGCAACCCCAUGGUGCUGGGCUCCAGCUGCCAGCCCUGCCAUUGCCACGGCAACACGGACCCCAACAUGCUGUUCACCGACUGCCACCCGCUGACGGGCGAGUGUCUGAGCUGCAUGCGUGACACGGCCGGGCCUCGCUGCGACGUGUGCGCCCCCGGUUACUACGGCGACGCCAUCGCCGCCAAAAACUGCACGGAAUGUCGCUGCUCACAGUGCGGCACGGAGUCAUGUGACCCGCACACGGGACAGUGCCGCUGCAAAGCUGGAGUGACGGGACUUCUCUGUGACCGCUGCCAGGGCGGCUCGUUCGGCUUCCAGUCCUGCGCCGGCUGUCGCCCGUGCGACUGCGAGGCCUCGGCGGCUCUGGUGAAGCCAUGUGACCCGCUCAGCGGUCAGUGCGUGUGCCAGCCGGGCGUCAACGGACCGAGCUGCCGCCAGUGCGCCCCGGGAUACUGGAACUACGGCCCCGAAGGAUGCAGGAAGUGCCACUGCAGGGGGCGCCACUGCGACCCGCGGACCGGAGAGUGCCGCUGUCCCCACGGCGUGGAGGGCAAACAGUGUGACGCCUGCUCGGACCAGCACAGUGUCCUCAUCACGCACGGCCAGGACACACACUGCCAAAUGUGCGACAGCUGCGUGGUGGUCCUGUUGGAGGAUGUAGACAAGAUGAACCAGGACUUUGACGCCGUCGCCGCUCAGCUGCACAACCUCAACGCCAGCGCCAUGGCCUGGACUCAACUACGCAAGCUCAACGCCUCUGUGGAGGACCUCGCCCGGGCGGUGGGGAACUACAACAGCUCGCUGGACGCCAGCCGCAACGGCGCCGACGUGCUGGAGGGCGAGAUCGUCAACAUCAGCGGCGACGUGGACGCACUGAAGGACAAGACCACAGCCAUGGCGGAGCGCCUGGCGCACCUCCACGACAGCACCGCCCACACCCACCAGAGGGCGCAAGACCUGCUGUCCUCCAUCCACAAUUUGACCAUGGACUUGAACGACAUCCUGCGGACGGCAAACGGCUCGCUGAACAACACCGAGGCGGAGCAGGACGAGGGCGAGCGCGAGAGGAAGAUGGGGCAGGUGGCGGCCAUGCUGGACCAGAUGAGGAACCGAACCUUCGCCGGACAAAAGGCGACCGCCGGCCGGGAGAAGACGGAGGCUGAGAAACUGUUGGAGCGCGUGGACAAGAACCUGGCCCGCCGCCAGCAGGAGAACCAGGACAAGGGCCAGGCCAUGAAGGAGCGUCUGUCCAGCGUCUACUCGGACAUGAUGGACUUGCGGGACGCCCUGAACCAAGCGGUCAACGACACGGCCCGAGCCGCCGAGCUCAACAACGCCAACGAGAAGACGCUGGAGGACAACAAGAGGAGGCUGGACCAGCUGGAGUCCAAACACAAGGACGUGGAGGAGCAGCUGCACAUGGCCGAGGACGACGUGGCGCAAGUCAACGAGCUGCUGUCCACGCUGCAAGACUCCAAAGAGGAGUACGAGCGUUUGGCGGCACAGCUGGACGGCGCCAGGACGCCUCUGGCCAAGAAAGUGGAGGAUUUUGCUGGGGCCGACUCCAAAAUCCCACUGGUGGAGGAAGCUGAGAGACACGCGGAGAUGCUCCACUCUUUAGCCAUGAACCUGUCCAGGUUUGUGGAGGAGACCAAGGGUGAAGGUCUGGUGGACGUGACCAAGGCGUACAACAAGAUCAUCAACAGCAUCAAGGCGGCGGAGGACGCGGCCCGUGAGGCGGACCAGGCCGCCACCCACGCCCUGGAGAACGUCCAAGACCAGGACCUGGGCCACAAGGCCCACUCUCUGAGGAACCACAGUCUGGCUCUGAAGGAGGAGGUGGAGACGCUGAGCCGGGAACUCAACCAAGAGUUGAAUCCUCAGCUGGAAGACGCUAGAAGGCGCCUGCAAGACGCCAACACCAAACACGCCCAGGUGGUUCAGGACCUCCAGACGGUUCACCACAACCUGAACCUGACCUCCAACGUCAGUCAGGAAGUGGGCGAGGCCAAGCGAGCGGCGGGUGGAGCCAACGCCUCGGCCUGGCAGGUCACUGAUGCCCUGCGUCCAAUCAGGGAGCAGCUGGAGGAGUGGCAGCAGACGUACGGUGACGCCAACACCACCAGCCAGGAUGUCAACAACGCUCUGAUGGAGGCCAACAAGACCGUGGGCAUGCUGGACGACGCCAUUCCUCUCCUGAUGAAGAAGCUGGACAAGAUGCACAACCACUCUGCUCAGAUGCCCAACAUCUCCGAGAACAUCCGUCGCAUCCGACAGCUCAUCCAGCAAGCUCGCAACGCCGCUAGCAAGGUGAGCGUACCCGUCAAGUUCAACGGGGCGUCCGGCGUUCAGGUCCGCACCCCGUCCAACCUGGCCGACCUGGCGGCCUACACCUCCCUCAAACUCUACGUCACGCUGCCGGAGGCGGCGCGGUCCAGACGGCAGGACGGCGGCACCAAGCAGUUUGUCUUCUACCUGGGCAACAAGGACUCCGACAAGGAGUUCCUGGGGAUGGCGCUGGAGGGCAAAAGGCUGCGCUGGUACUUUAACAUCGGAGGAGAGACCGCAGAGCUGCUGAUGUCCGAGGACGUCAAGUCCAACGGGGACUUUAACAGCGUAGUCCUGGAGAGGAUCCUGCAGUACGGACAGAUGUCCAUGUCCUCGGACUCCUCAGACGGGGACCAGACCGUCACCAAGGCCCACGUGGAGGCCAGGGGAGACCAGGGUCUGCUCAACCUUUUGACUGACGACACCGUCUUCUACGUGGGAGGUUACCCUCGCACUUUCAAUCCGCCCGCCCCGCUGGCCCUGCCCAACUUCAAGGGCUGCAUCGAGCUGGACACGCUCAACGAGGAAGUGCUGAGCUUGUACAACUUUGACAACAUCUUCCAGCUCAACACCACGGAGGAGAAACCAUGCGGCAGGUCCAAGCCGGCGCUGACCCAGGCCUGGGUGAACGACGCCGCCUACUUCGACGGCACCGGCUUCUCAGAGGUCACCUUCAGCGACGAGUCGGCUCGCAUGCAACGCUUCGAACAGGAAGUCAAGCUGGUCUCCCACAACGGGAUUCUGCUGCUGCUGCAAAACGGGGAGCAGUUCUUGUGUCUGGCCGUGGUCCGAGGACAACUGAAGGUCUUCUUCCAGUUCAGCGGAGAGAUGGAGGAGUUCCAGCCCAAAGAGCCCGACUCCCCACUCCUCAGGGUCAGCGACGCCGACCCCAAAGUUUUGGAAAUCAUCAUCCUGCGUUCGCCUCCCAACCGUGUGGUGGUGAGGAACAACCGCAUCCCUCUCUACACGCACCACUUUGCUGAGAGCAUCCCUCCAUUCGGGGGCAGCUACUUCCUGGGAGGAGUCCCGGAAACUGAGAUGCCCGAGAGGCUGAGGUCCAUGUUCCCCAAGCAGGGCUCUCUGAAGGGAUGCUUCCGGAACGUGAAGGCCCAGACCUCUCACAUCGACCUGAAGAGGAUGAAGAGUUCUGGAGUCAGUUUCGGCUGCGAUAGCGACCUGCUGGUGGCUCGCGAGGCUCACUUCUCAGGUCAGAGCUACUUGGACUUGUCACUCAGCAACAUUCCAACUCUGAGGAACAACUUCUACCUCAGCUUCAGCUUCACAAGCCAGCAGAAGGACGGACUGAUGUUCUUACACCAUGACAAGGAGGGAGUGUGUCAGGUGUUCCUGCAGGACGGCCACCUGGUGGUGAGAGCAGGUAACAGCGAGGUGAGGAGUCAGAAGAGGUACCACGAUGACAACAUCCACUAUGUGGCCGUCUACAACAACAUCAACGGCAUGCGUGUGUACGUGGACGAGGUGCUGGAGAAGUCCAAGGAGGUGCUGGACAAGUCCAAGGAGGGUGUGAGGAUGGAGGUCAGAGGGAGUGUGCCUGCUGCUAGUCUGGAGGGAAGAACUUUCCUGGGAGGAAGUCCUCACCACAACAUCAACAACAUGACAGGAUGCAUCAGCAACGUCUUCAUCAGGAGGACUGUCAGUCCUCAGAUGGUGGCCAACCUGCUGAAGGUGAAAGACAACGUCAACGUUCCUCUCCACUGUCCUGCCGCCAACAAGCCUCAGCAGAUUGUGGCUCCGCCCAAACAUGGCAGCAAGUCCAAGGGGAAGCACAAGAAGUCUCGCAGUCGCCACACCAGAGAGUCCUGCCAGGGGGCGCUGAUGGAGCAGGAAGUGGGCGCCACCUACUUUAGCGGCGCCACGCUAAGCUACCAACACUACGACUCACUUCCUGCUUCGCUCAGCUCCAAACCUCACAUCUCGCUGGCCGUGAGGGUCAACUCCUCCUCAGGUCUCAUCUUGUACGCGGCGAGCGCUCAAAGCGGCGCCGCCAUGACGCUGAGCGUGCAGGAGGGUCACCUGCUGCUGUCGCUGGGCGGGAGGCGCAAGGUCAGCCUGCGAGGUCGCGCCGCCAUCGACGACCAGCGCUGGCACACGGUGUUCAUCAAGCGGGACGCGGACAAGAUGAGUCUGGUGGUGGACGGCGUCAACGCUCAGUCCAAGAGGGUCCCGGCGAGCGUCAGGGCGCGCCUCAUGGGGCCGCUUUACAUCGGAGGACUGCCGCCAUCGCUCACGGUAGGUCACCUGACCACGCCCACUUCCUCUCCGCGUCACCUUCACACGCCGCUUCUUCAGACCGCCGCCACGUCUGGCUUCAUCGGGUGCGUCCGCGACCUCACGCUGAACCAGGCGCCCGCGGGAAGCCCCGCCCACAGCCAGGGGGCGGUCCCUUGCUUCCGGAAGCCUCUGCAGCCCGGCGCCUACUUCACGGGCGAGGGAGGCCACGUGGUCGUAGGUGAGUUACUGGCGCUCGGCCACGACCUGGAGCUCCGCCUGGAGGUGCGGCCGGCGUCGGACUCCGGACCGCUGCUGCAUGCUGGGACCUCGUCCAAUCAGCGGCUGAGCUUGGUGAUGAGCAGAGGAGAGGUCAUGUUGUCUGUGCGUGGCGCCAAAGGUGACUUCUCCUUAUCGCUGGCGCCGGAGGAAGCGCUUUGUGACGGACGCUGGCACGCCAUCACAGUGGUGAAGAAGAGUAACGUGCUGCAGCUGCACGUGGACGCCGCACGCCAGCUCGGCACCGGGCCCAAACAUGGCCGCUCUGCCGGCGCCAAGGAGGUCGUCUAUGUGGGAGGACUUCCUGAUGGCGUCACUGUGUCGCCGAGUGUCCCCGCCUUCCACGGCUGCGUCCGUCAUGUGAGCGUCAACGGACGCCCCGCCCCUUUGGACAAGGCGCUGUCCGUGCAUGGUGCGGUAGGAACGCACGGCUGCCCGAGCGCGUAGACGCACACACAAACAUACACACACACAGACUUAGCAUCACAUUCCAGAGCAAAUUGAGGUGGUGGGUGUCAUUUUAGUGUAGCUAAUUUAAAAUAUAACUAUUCAUAUUUAUUUUGUAUUCCAGUCUUCAGGGUGUGCUCGACUACACGGCCAACAUUUAAGAUGAAAUAUUUGAAGCCGUCGUCUGAUUUUGAGCAAUUCAUGCAGUAAUUAUGAGUUAUAGGGCCUUAUAUGGACGUGUGAUGACAUCAUACUGUUGUCAUGGUUUCAGGCGUAGUUUUAAACUAAUAUAUUCACUUUUUUUUUUAUAAAGAAUGAACCUCCUCACACAUGUCUUGAUGUACUUUAUAAUAAAAGUUCCUGUA